GGCAGCUGCCAGGUGCCCAUGGUACUGCAAGUCCUGCAGUGCGCCAGACGCCAAUGGCUUCAGGAAGCUCAACUUCGGCGAGCGGCUGCAGUGCAAGUGGUGCAACAUGCCGAAGAGCACCCACUUCUGCGGGAAGCCCGUGCAGGCGGCGCCCUCGCGCAGCAGUGCCGAGGUCAAGCUCGCCCAGAUGCUCGAGCAGCUCAAGAAGUUCAAGGCGGCGGCGGGCCAGCCUGGGCCAGGUGGAGGCUCCUCGCCUGGGGGAGGCGCAACUCCCUGGCGAGACGGCGCAGCGGCGGACCCAAAGCGCCAGCGCCUGGAGCAGCUGGAGAAGCAGCUGGGCGAGACUCGGCGCUGGGCGGACAUGGAGGAUGAGGUCGAUGACUUCGUGGAGGCGGCCCGCAACAGGAAGGCCAAGCUCGAGGCGGAGCGCGAGCAGCUGCGCCAGGAGGUCUUUCUGGCCAAGCCAAAGGAUGUGCGGCUCAAGAGCCUCGCGGACCAGAUCCAGAAGCUGGAGAAGCAGCAAGGUAAGGGCCGUGAGGAGAUGGAGGCAGCGGCGGCGAAGCAGAAGGAGCUCGAGGCCAAGGCCGACGCGCUGCGCCUGGCGGACGUCGAGCGCGAGGCAAGGCUGGUCGAGCUCAGGGCGGAGCAGUCACGCACGCUGGGCAAGUUGGCGCAACCUCCUGCUGUGGUGCAUGAUGGCCUGGAGGGCGAAAUCGAGGCUGAGGGCCUCAAGUUCUCCGCUGACUUCCUGGGCAAGGUGCUCGGCUCGUUCGGGGUCGAUGGGGCCUUGCAUGCGUCUUUACUGGAUCAGGCGACCAAGUUCGAGCUGCAGUGCCGCGAGGCCAGGGCUGCGGAGGCUGCAGCGGCAGCAGCCGCCAGGGCGGCUGAGCGGGCCGGCGUGCCUGGAGCGGGUUCCCCUGAGGAGGGCCGCGCCCCGAUCCCUGGAGAAGGGGUCCUUGCAGGAUGCGACGCCAUGGACGACGAAGAGCUGGAUGUCGACGCGCAACUCGGUUUCCUCGCGAAGGUGGGGGCCGCCCCAGCUGGGGCCGAGGGCAGCGAUCGCACUGCUGAUGUUGACGUGCGUGAGGCCUUCAAGCGGCUCCACGCCGACCUGGACAUGUUGCCGCCCAAGCGGGCCUACUACAACGAGUUGUACGAGGCUGACGAGCAAGCUGCCCUCGACCUGGGUGGCUGCAACUCCUGGGGCAUGGACGGAUGCCCGAGCCAGGGGGGCCAGGUGCAGUCUGGUCGCAGCGCGGCAAGUGCUGCUGGGGGCACGGCGCUGGGGCAGCAGCGCGCGGGCGAGCCGCAGGUAUGCGGCGCUGGGGCAGCCUUAGGAAGGGAUGGGAGUCAGCAGGCCUCGUCGGGGCUGCUGGGGGUGUUCGGCUUUCAAGGGUACGGCCCCGGGAUGUCAGAGUCGGCUGACCAGAUGGGGCAGCCGCAGGUGUCGGCCUCAGGGCACGGCCUGCAUGAUGUGCCUGGAGGUGACCUCUCGGGAGGGGCGGGCCCUCAGACCCACUCUGGGCUGAUGGGGGUGUUCGGCCAUCAAGGGCACGGCCCCAGGAUGUCAGAGAUGGUUGACCAGGAGGGCGCUCCCGACUGGCAACCGCGGGCGUCGGCCCCAGGGUACGGCCCAGGGGGGAAGGCGGAGGGAUUCAGCCCCUCGAAGUCGCAGCCUUCCCCCCGCAUGGACUACGCCAUCGGCAGCUCGUUGGGGGCGGACGAACUGGAGAUCGGCGAGUUCGACAUUCCUGCAGGCCAGGAAGGCUGCAGGCGCCGAGAUCUCGCCUCGGAGGGCCCUGCAGCCUGCCCUGCGCGCCCCAUGCAGAGCUCGAGCCCCCCGCUCGCUCAGCCCCCACAGCCGUGGGACGGUGCCGCCCUCCCGCGAGCCCCCGCCCAGUCAGGCUUGCCGCCAGGUUGCGCUGGCCCGCCGUGUGACCGUGGAGGCCAGCGCGUGCCCAUGGUCAAGGGCGGCUGCUGCCUGGCCACUGCCAAUGCGACGUCGCGGGGGCCGCUGAACGAGUACCUCGUCCAGGCGGAUGGUCAGACCACCCUGGCUCUGGCUGUGCAAGAGCAUCUUUGUGUGGCUAGUGCCCUUGACGCAGCAGCGGGCAGCCAAGGAUGCAGGGUGGCACGGAGUCUGGAGUGCUGCUACACCGCCCACUACCUCGGCGACGGGGUCGGGGGAGUGGUGGUGCUGAGCGUUUACCUGCACGUAGGGGAGGGCCUCUCGGCGAACAAUUUGGGCACCCUCUGGCAGCUGGCCCAGUACCUCGGCGUCCUGGAGGCAGAAGGCCAUCACUGGGUGGCCAUGGGCGACUGGAACAUGGAGGCGGACGUCCUUGACUUUGGCUGGAUCCGCAAGCUACGCGCGCAGGUUCGAGCCGCAGACGCCCCCACAUGCAGGCAAGGAAGCGGCUCCAAUAUCGACUACUUCGUGGUGUCCAAAAGCCUGGCGGGCUUCACCGCGGCGCCCCCGCGUCUGGACAGGGGGGCUAGCACGUGGCCCCACUGGCCCGUCCACCUGCCCCUGCGGUCCGCGCGGGUGGAGGCGUGGCAUCAGGUCCUGGACGAGCCGAGGGCUGUCCCCGGGGAGCCCGCCAAGCCUGGCUGCGCCCGCGGCCCGCGGCGCUGGCAGGAGGUGACGCGCUGUGUCCAGGCCACGCACGACGACCAAGGCCUGCAGAUCAUCUGGGACCUACUGCUGGAGGGGGCCGAGACGGAGAUCCUCAACAGGCCACCCCAGAAGCGGAAGCUGCGGGGGCCAGAGGCCCAUGCCUGGGCCGCGCUUGCUGGGUGGGCGUCCGAAUUCCUCAGCGAACGGGGCCGCCUGGUCAAGCUGCUGGCAUCUCUGGAUAGCCACAGGCAAGAAGAGGGCAGACAGGCGGCGGCGGCGAGAGGCAAGUGCAUGAGGUCGAGUGCGGCCACCCUGGCGCGCCUCAUGAUGUUCCUGGAGGACAUCAGGGACCACGUGCACUGGCGCAACCUGCCGCCGCGGGCACAACUGCCUUUCCGUGCCGACGCCAACUGGACAGAGGACGGCUUCGAGAAGGGCCUGAAACGCGCGCUGGCCGAGGCGGAGGAGAGGCAAAGGAAGAUGGUGCAGGCCGACGAGGCCCGCUGGAAGGAGUGGGUGGAAGAAGCCUUCCUGGGAGGCGCUGGUGCAGCGCACGCUGCAUCCAAGGUGCCAGUGCUCCAGGAAGUACUGCCCGCGAUGCAGGAGGAGGGGUCGGCAGCCCUGGUGGACAGGGAGAUGAAGCCGUGGAUCGACAUCUGGAAGUACCACGGACUCACCAGCAUGGAGCUGCCGAGCGACGCACACUUGUGGGACGCGCUGCCACCACUGCAGCUGCACGACAUCCGCGAUGUGCUACGCUCCUUCCCCUGGCGCACGGGAGUGGGCCAGUCGGGCAUCCCGCCGAGGGCGCUGGAGGACCUCUCCGACGACGCCCUGCACGCCAUGAUAGCGGUGUUCCACAAGUGCGAAGAACUCCUAGCGUGGCCGAGCGGCCGCCUCAUCAACACUAUGGUGAGGCUGCCCAAGCCAGACGGAGGCAACAGGCUGAUUGGCCUCAUGCCGACGCUGGUGAGAGUGUGGAGCAGGGCGAGAAGGCCGAUCACCAAGGCAUGGGAGUGCGCCCGCCCCUCUUCCCUGGUCUGGGGCACGGGCCCUGGGCGAUCGAGCUCCGACUCUGCGUGCGAGCUGAACCUGGCCAAGGAGCAGGCGCGCCUCGGUGGUUGGGACUCCGCCCAGGUGGCCCUCGACCUCUGGAAGGCCUACGAGAUGGUGGCGCCCGAGGCGCAGCUGGUGGAGGCCCGCGCACUGGGAUUCCCCAUGAGGCUGGCGUGGAUGCUGCUGAGCUCCUAUCGGCAGCCACGAACGCUGGCAGCGUUCAACACUACGUCGGACCUCUUCGUGGCCUGGCAAGGCAACAUCGCAGGGUGCGGUCAUGCUAACUCGCUGCUGCUGGUGCUCACGCUCCGUGCGCUGCAGCGGGCGCACACCAUUGCGCCAUCGGUGACGCCGCGCGGCCUGGUGGACGACGUCACGCUGGACUGGGGCGGCCCACGGGGCGAGGCCGACGACAGCCUGGCGGAGGCUCCCAGAAGUUUUGCGUCGAGCAUGGUGGAGCUCAGGCUGGUCAUGCAGCCGCAGAACUCAGGCUACCUCGCGCCCUCCAGGCGGAGGGCGCGACUGCCGGCGCACUCCAUGCAGAGAGCGGGCCUCACAGAGAAGUCUUGGGUGCGCAACCUGGGGCAUGAGCUCCACGGGCGGAAGGUGCUCCGCACGCAGAAGAAACGCAGUCUGCAGGCCCUCGCGGCCAGGCGCAGCCGAGUGGCCAUGCUCAGGCGGGCUGCGGGGAGGCGUGCCACUGCCCUGGUCGCCACGGGGCUGUCCCCCUCGGCUGGACAUGGAGCUGGGGUGGCGGGCCUGGCGGAUCGGCCUCUUGCACAGCUGAGGACAGUGGCGGCGGUCACGGCAGGGGCCAAGGCGGGCUGUGGCUCCGCUGCGGUCAUGUUGCUGCAGAGGAGGGUGGACUACGACCCCAUCUAUGCGGCCACCAUCCCGCUGGUGAUGCGCCUGGCCAGCCACAUCUGGGAGGGACGAGGAUCCCUGGCCAGCCUGAACGCUAGCUGGUGCAAGCUGGCGGAGGCGAUGCGAGCGGGCACAUUGACCUGGGCUACGGCGCAUGGCCCGCUUGGGGCCAGGUGGCUCACGCUCGGCCGAAUCGGCUGGUCUAUGACAGCAGCGUGGGCCCUGCAGUCCGACCUGGGCGAGACGAUGCGGCUGGUGGCCCACCUGCCAGAGGGCCAAGGCGAGCCCCUCUGGCCCAGGGCCAUCCGUGCCAUUGCGUGCAGGGCGCGGCCAGCGGCGGAGCUGGGGGCCAUCCAGGCGGUGUGGGCUGGGGGGCACUUCACCAACGCAUGGAGGCAUGCCCGCGGCUACACUGAUUCUGACCUGUGCCAGGCGUGCGGGGGUGCCAAGGACACGCUGAUGCACAGGUGGCGCGCCUGCCCUGCCCUCAUGGCGCCGCGGGACGACGAGCUGGAACACGAGGAGCCGUUCCGCAAGCCGAUCGUGGCGAUGAGGCACCAGCUGGAGGAAGCCGAGCAGAAGUGGACCAUCGGGGACAGCGAGCUGCCGCUGGCGUACGGCUUACCGCUGAUGCCAGCGCUGCCGCCGCCCGCGCCGUCGGACAACGUGGUCAUCGAGUGGGGCGCCACGCAGGAGGAGUGGCCGUCGGUGGUCUACACGGACGGUUCUGGGCACGCCUCCAGAGUCCCCGAGGCGCGCAGGUGUGGGUGGGCUGCAGUGGCCCUCAGGCCUGACGGGAUCCCCCUCAAGGCGGCCUACGGGCCUCUGCCUGGGCCACGCCAGACCGUGGAGCGGCACGCGUGCCUGGCCCCGCUGGCGCAAGCUGGCCUCGUUCAGGUCAUCGCCAGCGACCUGCAGCCCCUGGCUACGGAGGGCAAUGGCGGCUGGUCCCCGUCGGCGCAGUCGGCCAGAGCGAGGCAUGCCAGCAUCUGGAGACAGCUUCACGCGGCCGUGGCGAAGCGAGGUGGGCCGCCGCCGAGGUUCCGUUGGGCGCCUGCCCGCCGCACCCUCCAGCAAGCGCUGGACGAAGGCUUGCGCCCACUGGACUGGCUUGGGAACUGCUGGGCGGAUUUCUUCGCCAACCUCGGCGCCGCGGCCACCAGGCUGCCGAACAACACGGCAGAGGCGCUGCGCGCGGAGCUCCAGCGGGCCCUGGACACGGCCACGUACCUGGGGUGGGCGGCGGCGCGGAUCUGCCAGCUGGACUUGUGGAGGCCGCUCGGGGAGGGCGGCAAGCUCCAACGCAGGCAGGCCUGGAGGGGGCCAGCUGCCCCGGAGCUCAGCCUCACGAGGCACGAGCACCAGGUCACCAGUUCAGUCGGGGUGCAGCGCGUCCACUGUGGGCGCGAGGCCUACACGGCCAAGGCAAGGGUGUUACUGGACUGCAGGCCUUGCCAGCCCACGGAGCUGGGCAGGAUGCGAGCCCGCUGCCGCCAGGGUCGGCCCAUGGUGAGCUCGGCCGCAGUCAAUGCAAGCCUGCAGGCGGCUGAGCGCCUGGAGGAGGAAGAGCUCCUGCCCAUGAGUGGAGCGGCCGCUGCUACACAGGGCCAGCGCCUGAAGUGGACGAUGCAGCAGAAGGUCAACUACCUGCUGGAGGCGGGCAAGGGCUCCCCUGCUGAAGGGACUGUUGGCGCGGCAGCUGCGGGUCAGCCACAGGCACAGAGGGGAGGGCGGCCUGAGCCCCGCCUUGGCCCAGGACGGGGGCUCGCCAGCACUGGGCGGCGCGUGGGCCUGGAGCGGCCGCGCGAGGGAAACGACCACCGCGCCAUCGAAGCGUGGGGCCGCUCGGGGCCUCUAGAGGCCGCCCUGGGCUUGCUGGCCGGCUCCUGGGUUGUUGGCCUGAUGGGCCAGAGCCUUGCCUACGCGUCCUGGAUGGAGGAGUGCGUCGAGCACGUGUACAGAAUGCUGGACGAGGAAGUCCACCGAGGCUUCUUCAUGCACAGCCGCGCCGAGACGCGCAAUGCGGAGAGGCUGAGGCGGGUCGAGGAGUUCUGCGAGCGUGGCUGGCGGGGCGGCGGGCCUUUCAGGGAGUCAUGCAUCGACGAGGCGCUGCAACUGGAGGGCGAAGACAGGCAGAUCAAGCUCCUGCGACUGCGCUGCUACCACGCUGCGGCGCGGGCGUUCCUGUGCGACCGUGGCAGCGCGCGGCAGGCUGGGGGACGGCGAGGGCCGCCCCACUUUACUUUCUUCGAGCCCGUUGGGCGUAGCCACCCUCUGGAACACAACGAGCCCGAGAGCAACAGCAGCCCCGAGCCUGACGCCGCGUUCGGCCUCGAGGCCCUGCGCUGCAUGCUGAGGGCCUUCGCGAGCUGCUGGGUGUUCGACCUGCGCGACCCCGAGGCUGCGGAGAGUUCCUGGACUGCCUGGGCGGCGCAGUGUGCCCUCACUUGGCUCGCCAGGCCAGGCAGGGAGGAGACGAGAGAAGAGGCUACCAGGCUUGCAGGCUCCAUAGGCCUGAGGGCGCUGGUCCAGGCAAUGGUCAGGCAAGCCUGGCUCAUGAAGGCCGAGGUGCGGCGCUUCACGGUGGAGCACCUGAUGGACAUGGCGACCCUGGAGGAGUGGCUGCACUUCGCCGCCGCGCAGUGGGCCACGCUGGAUGAGGUCUGCCACACCAUGGAGGACGUCAUCGGAGAGGCAGUGGUCAACCUGCCUGGGCUGUCUGGCUUCGCGGGGCCCCUGCCUGGACUGGGCCCCUCUGGCACCAGCGAGCAGCCGCCCCGCCAGGCUGGGCUGCCGCGGCCCCAGUGCAUCCGCAGCCGAGGGAUUGAGGCCCUGCGGCGGCUGUGGCCAGGCACCUGGCAGAGACCUGGCGACCUGGGCAGCGGCAGCGGCGGCGAGGGCGACUUGCCGCACCCCGACGCGGCGCCAUCGGGGUUGCCUCCGCCCCCGCCUGCGGCCGCGGCCGCAGCGGGGCAGAUGCUGCAGCAGCAGCCAGCAGGGGCGGCCCAGGGCGUUCGAGGCGAGGCCGCCGCCGAGGGGGGCGGUGGCCCCAGGCUGGAUGACGGGGAAGGCGAGGCUGCGGCUGCGCGAGGGGCGGAGGGCCUCCCUGUGGCGGCGGCCUGCGUUGUGGCAGCGGCGGCCGCGGCGGCCACUGAGCCUGGGGCGCUUGUGGCGGAGGUGCCCAGGGGCCGCGCAAGGGGGGCCCGCGUGGCCCAGCGCUCGAGGAGCCCUGCGCGAGCGGCAGGCCCCCGCACUCCGCGUGGGGAGGCGCAGCUGCCCGAGGCGCACCACGGGCACGGCAUGCGCAUCGCGGGGCCGUGCGCCUUCUGCUGCAGGUGCGGGGCGCUUUCGCAGCUGAAGGGCGUGGACCGCGCCAAGGGCCUGGAGGCGGCGUGCGGCGGCAGCCUGCCCCAAGGGCCGCAGGCCACGGCGGGCGAGAAGAAGAAGAGGCUCUACCUGAGCCGAUUGCUGGGCGGCAAGGACCCAUAUACUGGGCGGCCGCUCG